AUGAAGGCUGUCGUCGGACUACUUGCGGCAAUUGUUGUGGUCGUGCACGCGAAAGUGCAGGAAGGGAAAUGCGGUUACUACGGAUUUGCCGUAUGGAGAGUGACACCAUUAGAUAAAGUUGGACUCGACCUUCUGGUUGACUGGUUCAAAAACGACAGAGACGGGACCGACUUCUGGAUGCCACCGAACGAUCUGAAUCAUACAGUCGAUAUGCAAAUUGCACCGGAAGUGAUGUCAGACGUCAGGAAAGCCCUGGAAGCAGCUAAUGUCAAAAUUGAUGUCCUUUUUGAUGACCUGGCUAGAGCAAUCUUAAAGGAAAAGGUUCAAAAUCCAUCACUGACCCGAACAACAAAGGCAACUUUCAAAUUCUCUAAAUACCAUCAGGUUGACGAGAUCCUUCAAUGGUUGGACGUGAUCGCUCCAACCUGUUCCAACGGCCUGAACUGCAAUGUCCAGAUCAUCGGACAGUCCUUCGAAGGCAGGGAUAUGAAACUAAUCAAGUUGAACACUGGGACCAGCUCUGGGAAGAAGGCUAUUUGGAUCGACUGUGGCAUCCACGCCAGGGAAUGGGUAUCACCUGCAACUUGCGUUUACAUGAUUAACAGGUUCAUCGAUGACUAUUCUCGCGGCUACUCCGAGGCCGUCCAAGCCUUGAACGACUACGAUUGGUAUAUUCUUCCUUCAUCCAACCCCGAUGGCUAUGCGUACACCUGGAGCAACAACAGAAUGUGGCGCAAGACUAGGUCUACAAACUCCGGAAGUAGCUGCGUUGGGACUGAUCCCAACAGGAAUUGGGGAUACUUUUGGAUGUAUGCCGGUGCCAGCUCCAAUCCCUGCUCAGAUAUCUAUGGAGGUUCCAAGGCCUUCAGCGAGUCCGAAACCAAGGCCAUGUCGGACUUCAUUCUUACAAUCCCCAACCUGAAGGCCUACAUUUCGAUCCACUCCUACUCGCAGAUGAUUUUGACACCAUGGGGUUACGCCAGUAACCUUCCAGCUGACUAUACCGAACUUCUACGAGUCGGCAAUGCUGCCGCUACGGAACUGAGGUCCUUGUACGAUACCCGUUACCAAGUUGGAUCCAGCACGGCUCUGUUAUAUGCAGCCGCUGGAGCCUCCGAUGAUUGGGCCAAGGGAACUGCCGGUGCCAAAUACUCCUACACGUACGAGUUGAGAGAUACAGGCAGCUAUGGCUUUAUUCUUCCAGCCAGUCAGAUUUUGUCAACUGCAAAAGAGACCUAUGAGUCUAUCAAGAAAAUGAGCGCAGAAUUCGUCUGAAUGUUUCCUGAUGCAUACCUUUCGUGUAAAUAAUCGAAUAAAUAAGUGUAUUUGUUAUAUGGCCUGAAUUUUACCACCUCUGCCUAGUUGCAGAUCAGAUAAGAUGUCGGCGAAGGCCCUGAUGCCGCCCUCGUGCUAUUUUUAUAGAAGGCGCACUCUCCUGUUUGACGGGCGUAAUUGAAGGCGACACACUUGUCUUCGGUAUUACACAUCCCCGCGCAGACAAUUCUACUAGGGGUUAUUAAGACCUGGUACUGUUCAGUUGUUCCAACCGCGGAUGCAGUGGAAUUAAACCGUCCAUAAGCAUCUAGAAGAAACAAAAAUAAAAAUUAAUAUACUGUCGAACAUCUAACAAUUAAAGGUGGGCACCACCUUGGAUUUUUGAAGGUUACAUUUAGGCUACAUUUCUGUCAAUUAUUUCUAUCUCCCGUAUUGUUUUGCACGGCAAUUUCUCGACACUCUACAUUUAGAAAAAUGUGUAGAGAACGUGCAUGUUUAUAAUUUGGGCGAAUAAUUGCCUUCGAAAGGUGUUGAUUAGUAUCUGGACUGAACAAUACUGUAACAAAUCUAUAAAAUGCAGCUCUAUCGUGCUUUGACC